AUGGAUUCCUUCACUAUCUUCUCCAAUAACGUCAACGAAAUUACUUCCAUCCCCACUGAGGAGGAAGUCGCUGGAGGCCGCGGAAACGGCGCUUACUGCAUCAUCGCUUAG